GGGAGAUGGAUUUAUAGAUCUGAAGCUUCUGGCCUCGCCCAUGCUUUACAUACAAAACGUGCUGGAAGAAAAAAAUGCAACUCCUCGUGCCGUGAGGCUGACGUCAUGCGCACUUGAAGCCGCUGCUCGCGCUGCUGCCUAGAAACGACUAUCCGCCACGAGACUCAUCCGCUCCUGAUACCCCACUCUUUCUCUUUCAUUUUUUGUUUCAUGACAUUAAACUGCGCUGUACAGAAUCUCUCGCUCUAAGAUUUCCUGGAACUUGAGUCGAAUAGACCUUGAGUGGAGGAGUAGGAGGACAAGCACCUUAAAUUAAAAGACCACAUCCAGGAUCUGUUGGAUUUAGUGUUGUGUGGAGCUUUAGUUCUCGAGGUUGGUUUGGAGAAGUAGUGGAGCUGGUUUAUAGACUGCAAUGCAUCGCUUAAGGACUUGCGCUGCACGGCUACGGCCGUUCACAGCCUCUCAGAAUGCUACAAGUUUCUCACAACAGAGAACAGCGAUGACACCCGGGGCCCUAAGGACGUUUCAGCCCUUUCGGUGCUACACGGCCCCUGUCGCCGCUGAGCCUUUUCUCAAUGGGACGAGCUCCAACUAUGUGGAGGAGAUGUACUACGCAUGGCUGGAGAACCCCAAGAGUGUGCACAAGUCUUGGGACAUCUUCUUCCGUAAUGCCAACGCAGGCGCUCCCCCUGGCUCUGCCUACCAAAACCCACCUCCAGUGGGGGUGAGUCUCUCAGGACUGUCUCAGGCCCAGGCACUGGUUGGAGCUCAGCCUAAUGUGGAAAAACUGGUGGAAGACCACCUUGCUGUGCAGUCCCUCAUCCGUGCCUACCAGGUCAGAGGUCAUCAUAUAGCCAAACUCGACCCUUUGGGCAUCAGUUGUGUAAAUUUUGACAAUGCCCCACUUACUAUCGGGUCCCAUCAGUCUGGCUUCUAUGGACUGGAAGAAGCGGAUCUGGAUAAAGUUUUCCAGCUUCCCACCACCACCUUCAUCGGAGGAAGUGAAAGUGCCCUUCCACUCAGGGAAAUCAUCCGGCGUCUAGAGAUGGCCUACUGUCAGCACAUCGGGGUGGAGUUCAUGUUCAUCAAUGACCUGCAGCAGUGCCAGUGGAUCAGACAGAAGUUUGAGAAGCCGGGAGUGAUGCAAUUUACUCUGGACGAGAAAAGGACGCUACUAGCCCGUAUGGUCCGCUCAACCAGGUUUGAGGAGUUCCUGCAGAGGAAAUGGUCAUCAGAGAAACGUUUCGGCCUAGAGGGAUGCGAGUCUCUCAUUCCUGCACUCAAAACCAUCAUCGACAAAUCUAGUGAGAACGGAGUGGAGAGCGUUAUCAUGGGAAUGCCACACAGAGGCCGUCUGAAUGUGCUUGCUAAUGUGAUCCGGAAGGAGCUGGAACAGAUUUUCUGCCAGUUUGAUUCAAAGCUGGAAGCCGCAGAUGAGGGCUCAGGUGAUGUGAAGUAUCAUCUGGGUAUGUACCACAGACGUAUCAACCGGGUCACUGAUCGUCACAUCACUCUGUCUCUGAUGGCCAACCCUUCACACCUGGAGGCAGUGGACCCUGUAGUGCAGGGCAAGACCAAGGCAGAGCAGUUCUACUGCGGUGACUCUGACGGCAAGAGGGUGAUGUCCAUCUUGUUGCAUGGAGAUGCAGCCUUCGCAGGUCAGGGCAUCGUCUAUGAGACCUUCCACCUGAGUGACCUUCCGUCCUACACCACACACGGCACUAUUCAUGUGGUCGUAAACAACCAGAUUGGCUUCACCACUGACCCUCGGAUGGCGCGUUCCUCGCCGUACCCCACAGACGUGGCCAGAGUGGUCAAUGCUCCCAUCUUCCAUGUUAAUGCAGAUGACCCUGAGGCUGUGAUGUACGUGUGUAAUGUGGCUGCACAAUGGAGAGCCACUUUUCAUAAAGAUGUGGUGGUUGAUCUGGUGAGCUACAGACGUAAUGGCCACAACGAGAUGGACGAGCCGAUGUUUACACAACCGCUGAUGUACAAACAGAUAAAGAAACAGAAACCUGUUCUGCAGAAAUAUGCUGAAAAGCUCAUUACAGAAGGAGCUGUAAGCAGACAGGAAUAUGAGGAAGAAAUUGCCAAGUAUGACAAAAUCUGUGAAGAGGCGUACAAUCGUUCUAAAGAUGAGAAGAUCUUGCACAUCAAGCACUGGCUUGACUCACCUUGGCCAGGUUUCUUUACUCUGGACGGUCAACCCAAGAGCAUGAGCUGUCCGUCCACUGGUCUCAAUGAAGAAGUGCUCAGUCACAUUGGUCAGGUGGCUUCCUCUGUGCCUGUUGAGGAUUUCACCAUCCACGGAGGUCUCACCCGCAUCCUGAAGGGCAGGGCUACGAUGGUGCAGAACCGCUCAGUGGACUGGGCUCUGGGAGAAUACAUGGCCUUAGCUUCUCUGUUAAAGGAAGGCAUCCAUGUGCGUCUCAGUGGUCAGGAUGUGGAGAGAGGGACCUUCAGUCAUCGGCACCAUGUCCUACACGAUCAGAACGUCGACAAACGAACCUGCAUUCCCAUGAACUAUAUCGACCCAAACCAGGCUCCUUAUACUGUGUGCAACAGCUCCCUGUCAGAAUACGGGGUUCUUGGUUUUGAGCUUGGCUUUGCCAUGGCGAGUCCUGACGCUCUAGUGCUCUGGGAGGCUCAGUUUGGAGACUUUCACAACACAGCCCAGUGCAUCAUCGACCAGUUCAUCUCCCCCGGCCAGGCCAAGUGGGUCCGACAGAACGGCAUCGUGCUGCUGCUGCCUCAUGGCAUGGAGGGCAUGGGACCAGAGCACUCCUCUGCCCGUCCUGAGAGAUUCCUACAGAUGUGUAAUGAUGACCCUGACAUUUUCCCUAAAAUCACAGAGGACUUUGCCGUCCGGCAGCUUUAUGACUGUAACUGGAUUGUGGUGAACUGUUCCACUCCUGCAAACUACUUCCAUGUUCUUCGGAGGCAGAUCCUUCUACCCUUCAGAAAGCCUCUCAUUAUCUUCACGCCUAAAUCGCUGCUACGUCACCCAGAGGCUAAGUCAAGUUUUGACGACAUGCUGCUAGGCACACACUUCAGACGUCUGAUUCCAGAAGAGAGAAGUGCAUCACAGAAUUCAGCUGAAGUGAAGCGUCUCAUCUUCUGCACAGGGAAAGUUUAUUAUGACCUCACCAAAGAACGAAAGACCAGAGGCCUGGAGGACACAGUGGCCAUCAGCCGCAUUGAGCAGCUUUCUCCAUUCCCGUUUGACCUGGUAAAAGCAGAGGCAGAGAAGUAUCCACAGGCUCAGCUUCUGUGGUGCCAGGAAGAGCAUAAGAAUCAAGGCUACUACGACUACGUCAAGCCACGCAUCAGCAGGGUGUUCAACAACACCCGUCCCAUAUGGUAUGCUGGCCGAGAGCCUGCAGCUGCCCCCGCCACAGGCAACAAGAAGGCUCAUCUUGUGGAGCUGGAGCGGUUCUUAGACACAGCCUUUAACCUGAAUUCCUUCCAGGACCAGUCCUAAGCACCUCACCCCAUCCACUCACUUAAUUUCCAACCCUCCAUCCCUCGUUUUUUCAGGAAACUCACACCCCGCUGUUAGCGUUAGAUGGCAGGCUGGCAGCUAGGAAUGUCCUGACCAAAGCACAGGUUUGAUUUGCACUGUACAGUAGGUAUGAGAGGCCUAUAUAUGCAGAUUUACUAAAAGGAUGUGAGCUUUUAGCAACUACAUGGUAAUGGGAUCAAUUUACAUGCAUGUAUCUCUGAGGCAUGUUGAUGAUGGUUUUAAUAGAGCCUUAAAGUGACAUGCAGCUUGAACUAGAGGUUUCUCCUCAAUAAUACAAAUAAUAAUUAAUUUUGAAUAUGUACAAAAUCACGGACAACAGCGCAAGAAAAUGUUUGCACCAUCCGUUACCCGCGUUGGCAUGGAUGUCUCUCAGAAUUGAUAGCAUGAGGGUGUUAAAGGGCAUGCAUGGAACCCUAUGCAUUUUUUUUAAUUAUUGCGAAAACGGAACUACUUACCUUACCUGCGUUUAGAAGUUUUAUAAUACAGAAGGAAAUGUAAAGACACCAUAUCCUUCACCUUCAUCCUCUUCUAUACCUUCAUCUCUCCCAUUCACCCUCUAAAAACUCAGUGCCAAAUUGUUAUGAACUUAAAUAGGUGAAUUCAAGGACUGAAAGCUGAAACAAUCAUUUUAUCUUCUUGUAAUUUAAAAAAACAAUAAGCUGAGAUUAAGCAGCAAGCGGAAAGACUCUCUUCAGGACAUAAAAGGAUUUAUUUAUUUUCUUAAGCUUAUGUGUAUUCCAGACUACUGUUAUGAUACUUCGUUCAAUAAAAGCAUCUCAGUUCAGUCUGUUUACUUGUUUGUACUAAUAACUUAUGCAAGAACAAAUUUAACAUGAGCACAGUUUAUUUUUGCAUUAAUAAAGACAUGUCUUGUGCACUUUCAGAUGAUACUAAGGCCUUUGAUUGAUAUGAUUUGUGACAGACUAUAAUUUAUUUUAAUUAAUGUAAACAUUUAAGUUUAUAUGACACCUGUGGUCCAAAAACAAAUACAUUACAUAAAGCAGUUUUGUUUUUUUUGUAUUGUAUUGUUAACUUCAUUACUCUGAUCCUUCAGAUAUCUGAUACAUUCAAAGCAGCUUUACAUAUUUAAUACUGCUGAACUGUUUUUGACUACUGUUUUCUGAAGUGAGCUUGUAUGUAUCUCUUGAGUAGCCGGGCAGAUUUACAAUAAGCUAGCCAUAUGCCCGAUCUUCUCACUGAUGAAUCCAUC